AUGAUUUAUAAUGCGAAACUAAAGCCUGUCGAACGCAAACUGCAAAAUAUGUAUAUUAAUUUUGGUCCUCAACACCCAGCUGCGCAUGGCGUCCUUCGCCUUAUACUAGAAUUAGAUGGUGAAACAGUAGUGCGUGCCGAUCCUCACAUAGGUUUUUUACACAGAGCUACCGAGAAGUUAAUGGAGUAUAAACAUUACAAUCAAAAUCUACCAUUCAUGGACCGACUCGAUUACGUUUCUACAUUGGCAAAUGAACAGGGGUUCUGUAUAGCUGUUGAAAAACUUCUUAAUAUAGAACCACCACCGCGAGCAAAAGCAGUCAGGGUCCUGUGUAGUGAAUUGUCUCGAAUCGCCAAUCACAUGCUUAAUGUGUCAGGAACUAUACUUGAUGCAGGUGGCAUAACGCCUUUCUUUUGGAUGUGCGAGGAACGCGAAAAGCUUUAUGAGAUGUUUGAGAGACUGUGUGGUUCCAGGGUACACUGUGCCUAUCUUAGGCCUGGGGGAAUCUCCCAGGAUAUACCAAUUGGGUUCCUGGACGAUAUACACGAACUCUGCAGUAAAUUAAGAGAACGUUACGAUGAAACAGAAGAAAUUGCAACGUCAAAUCGAUUAUAUUAUGCCAGAUGUUUUGGAAUCGGUGUAGUAACUGCACACGAUGCCCUUAGCUUAGGUUUUACAGGACCUAUGUUACGUUCAACUGGAGUGAAGUAUGAUAUCAGGAUUAACGCACCUUAUGAUGGAUACGACAUGUAUGACUUUGAUGGAGUUGUCGGUACCUUUGGUGAUUGCUACGAUCGUUACCUUGUUCGUUACGAAGAAAUGCGUCAGUCCCUAAAGAUUGUUGACCAAGUGAUAAACACUAUGCCCGAAGGUGAAUAUAAGACUGAUGACGCUAAGAUUUGUCUUCCACCUAGAAAGGAAAUGAAAACAUCCAUGGAGUCCCUAAUUCAUCAUUUUAAAUUAUGUACAGAAGGUUAUCCAGUACCACCUGGAGCAACCUACACUGCGGUUGAAUGUCCAAAGGGUGAGUUAGGAUUAUAUAUGGUGUCAGAUGGUACUUCAGUACCAUACCGAUGCUAUUUGAAGCCUUGUUCCUACACACAUCUUCUAGGAUUGAGCGUUUUAUCGAAGAAUUUAAUGCUUGCUGACAUAUCUAUCCUUAUUGCGUCAAUAGACGUUGUGUUUGGAGAUGUUGAUCGUUAA